UCACGCACGAUUAGCGUGUCCGAAAUUGAGUCCGUCACGUUGUUGUUUUUCAACAUGACAGAAACAGGUUCAGAACAGAAUAACACUUUAUUUCGUGAUAUAAAUGCAGAUGAUGAUGAUCCAGAGGUUACACAGAUUGAGAGUCUCUGUCUAAACUGUCAUGAACAGGGUAUGACUCGUCUGUUCUUGACAAGAAUUCCAUUUUUUCGAGAGGUGAUAGUCUCAUCAUUCAGUUGUGAUCAGUGUGGUUCUAACAAUUCUGAACUACAAUCGGCUGGUAGAAUACAAGACAAAGCUGUGAAAUAUACUGUCAAAGUGAUUACUCCACAAGACUUAAACAGACAGGUUGUCCAGACAGACUCGGCAACUAUCUCGAUACCAGAACUUGAAUUUGAAUCCCCACCAAACAAAGGAGUUAUGACCACAGUUGAAGGCAUGAUUAAUAGAGCUGUAGAGGGUUUAAAUCAGGACCAAGUACUGAGAAGGAUUCAGCACCCAGAUGAUGCAGCACAGAUAGACAAAUUUGUGGAGAAACUGACUGAGUUAAAGACAUUAAAAUCACCAUUCCACCUUGUAUUGGAUGAUCCUAGUGGAAACAGUUUUAUAGAAAAUCCUUUUGCACCCAAACUUGAUCCAGAAACAAAAGUGGUCCACUAUAAACGAAGCAAGGAACAAAAUGAAGCACUCUGUAUACAGGAGUCUGAAGAGAAGCAGACAGAACCAGAGCCAGAAUUUAAUGCUAAGGAUGAGGUAUUACAGUUCCAGAGUAACUGUCCAGGUUGUACCGCACCUUCGUCUUGCAAAAUGAAACUUGUUGAUAUUCCACAUUUUAAAGAAAUAGUGCUGAUGGCCACUUCUUGUGAUGCUUGUGGGUUACGAGAUAGUGAGGUGAAGGGUGGGGCAGGUAUUGAACCCCAAGGACGUAGAAUAAGCCUAAAGAUGACCGAUGUUAGUGACUUGACAAGAGAUGUCCUCAAGAGUGAUAUGUGCAGUGUAGAGAUACCCGAGUUAGAUUUUAGCACAGGGAUGACAUCAACUACUGGGAAAUUUACAACUGUUGAAGGUCUUAUUGAUGAUAUCAUCACAGAGCUAAAGAAGGCAAAUCCUUUUUUUCUAGGAGAUAGUGGUCAGGAGGAUAAACUAUACAAAAUGUCAGAGUUCUGUGACAAAUUGGAGAAGAUCAAGUCUGGGGAAACUUUGGAUGUUCAUGUUAUACUAGAUGAUCCAACUGGGAACAGCUAUUUACAGAAUGUGUAUGCACCAGAUCCUGACCCAAAUAUGGAAAUAGUGAACUAUGACAGGACAGAGGAACAGAAUGAAGACCUUGGAUUGAAUGAUAUGAAAACAGAAAAUUAUUAAGAAUCCUAGCAUAAAGAAUUAAUUAUAUUUUAUUUUAUUUUUCGAUACAAAAUUGCUUGAUAAUGGCAUACGACUGUGCAGGGUUUCAGAUCAAUAUACAUGUACUUUUGUAUUUACACAUGUUCAUAAAUUGUAAACUGAUAAUGUCAUUGCUGCAAUGCCACUCUGUAUAAAAAAGGUAAAUUAAAGUAACCACACUUUUGGAAUAAAGCAUUAUUUACAGACAUUAAUAUAGCAUAACAAUUUAAUAUGUCAGAACAAGCAAGAAGCAGUACUAUUGAUAAGACAUAACUGACCUUGAUUUUUUCCAAUUUAUUACACAAAUCGGUUAUAAUGUUAGAACAUAGUCCAAACAAUUAGACUUGAAAAAGUUGUCAUUUGACGUUCAACAUUUAAUAUUCUGACAUUUUACAUUUUUACUAUCAAAGCCUUUUUCGACGUCUAAACGGCUACUAUGAAAGAAGUGUAGCAUAUAUUCGAUUUCUCAAACAUUAUAAAGUCGGUUAACUUUGUACCUAGAUGAAAAAAUACCUUUGCUUCAAUUCUGGAAGGUUAAAAUGAUUUACAAUCCAUUAUUAUUCAUGAAAUGUCGCUUCAUUUUUUUGACAUCGAAUGUUUACAUUUGCCGUGCCACCAUCUUGUUUCGAAAUUUAAAGUACCAAUUAAAUUUGAUCGGCGGCAGACGAAAAUAUAUUUCCCGCCAAAUGUCUCCCACCACACAGUGGUGUGGGAGACAUAUUGAUUUACUUUAGUCUGUCUGUCUGUCUGUGCCUCUGUCUGUCACAAAGCUUGUCCGCACUCUUAAGUCGAACAUUUCUCAUCCGAUCUUCACCAAACUUGAACAAAAUGUGUUUGACCAUAAGACCUCGGCCAAGUUCGAUAACUAGCCAAAUCCGCCCAGGCACUUUUGAAUUAUGGCCCUUGAAUUACUGAUAGAGUCCACUCGUCCAAGCCGUCUUACUGGGUCCAUUCAUUUAAGCCAUCUGGAGAAACUAGACAUUUUUCAUAGGGGCAGUUGUGCAGGGUUCGCACGGGACUUGAAAAGUCCUUGAAUUCGAUGGUAGUCCUUGAAAAUGACAAAAAAACUGGAAAAGUACUUGAAUUUUGAAAAAAAAUUCUUGAAUUUGACCUUUCACUCCUUGAAAAUAUUCUUUCCGUAACUUUGCUUUGCAAAAAGAAUUUAAGGCUUAAAAUAAAUCGGAGAAAAUGAAAAUAAAUUCGUGAAAUUGCAGGAUCGGGUCACUCGUAUGCUAUUAUAGUGGUCUACGGCCACACUUUAUCGAUAUUUACAGAGUGCUAUUUCUACUAUAUCACCGUUUGCUUGUUUCCGUUUCCGUUAAAAAAAAUACGGGGAAUAAUAACAUGCAAUUUUUAGCUAUUUGCGAGUGUUUCCAGUGAAUUAAAAUGUGUAAGAAAAAUAAACAUGUUUACUCAAGUAAGCGGGAGACAAAAGACGAAUAUAAACAGUGGCUGAAGCCCUAUAGAGCAGACAGAACGAAGUGUAUUUGUACGUCGUGUGACAAAAUUUUGAUGUAUCAUUAGUAGGAGUGCGCUAAAAAAUCACAAGAAAAGCGUUAAACCUCAGCAAAAUAGUGAAUCACAUCAAUCUAAUAAUCAAAUUACGUCAUUUUCAAAGGUGUGACAAGUGAUUGUUGUUUUAUUUUUGCAUUACGUAAUAAAAGUUGUUCAGAUUAGGUCGUGGUUUUGAAAGAAAAUAGUGCUUGAAAAAUUGUAAAAAGUCCUUGAAAAGUACUUGAAUUUUGUCUCUGAUAUUCUGUAUGAACCAUGGUUGUGGGAGACAUGCGCUUUUCUCAAAAGCAUCUCUAGUUUCAUUGUAAUUUUGAUUUAUUUUCAUCAUAAUUGUAUAUUUUCGAUUUGUAUCCUUAUAGAUUUUAAAUGUCUCUUCUGAAAAUUGAAAGAUUAUUGACAUUUGUAGUUUCUCUGUAUGGGAUAGAAAAAAGGCAACUUUCUUUCAAAAAAUGAUUCUGAUAUGCAAAUCAUGCAUCUGGAACACCCUCGGUUAUUACCGUGCCACUAUUCAAAUUUUCAACAGGCUACAUACUUUAUUAAUCGGAUAAUUAAUAACAAAAAAGGUAAAAUAUUACUUUUAAUUGCUGCCAUAAAGCACAUUUUAUGAUUUUUCUUCACACUCAAUGUGAAAGUUUCAGUCAUUUUUGCCAAAAAGUCGUUAAAAACCCUUCGGAUCAAAAUUCAAAUCUGAAGCGAUUUUUGUGCUAUAUGUUAUUUCAGUUCAAUGUUAAGACCUGACAUAACAUGGAAAAUAAAAAAUGUAAAAUAUCAAUUAAAAUGAACUUAUAAAGUGAUAUGAGUUAUGUCAGGUCUUAUAUUUAGGACUAUGUUAGAACAUUGUUAAUUUGGUGUACAUUUACUGAUUUUAUUUUGUAUGAAUAUAUGAGCCGCGCCAUGAGAAAACCAACAUAGUGGCUUUGCGACCAGCAUGGAUCCAGACCAGCCUGCACAUCCACGCAGUCUGGUCAGGAUCCAUGCUGUUCGCUUUCAAAGUCUAUAGCAAUUAGAGAAACUGUUAGCGAACAGCAUGGAUCCUGACCAGACUGCGCAGAUGCGCAGGCUGGUCUGGAUCCAUGCUGGUCGCAAAGCCACUAUGUUGGUUUUCUCAUGGCGUGGCUCAUAUAUCACUAAUUUUGAAGUUUGAGCGAACAGAGUUCAGCUGUAUUUUGUUCUACGGAGAUUUCUGUCAUGACUUGAGAAAAUUGUAAAACACAGCAGGUGUUACACAUUUCAGUAUACAUCACAGAAUAACUGUGUAAAUUGGGCAAUAUUUGUGAGGUCCAUUUUCAAUACCAGCUUAUGAAUCGGUAAUUAGAACACCACCCUUCACUCGAACUCAUCAUCAGGUUCCAGGUAAAUUCAUAUUUAAUGUAUAUUAUUGUUCCAGCGCUCAAAAUGCCAGUAACUCCAACUAACUUUGCCUUUCCAAUCGAGUUCUAACAAACAGAUUUUGACUGUAUACCAUUUCUUAACAUGUGAACUUUUUCUCAGAAUUGUAUUAUACAACAACAGAUUUCAUACGUGUGUGAAAUUAAAUAUUUGCUAUGGAAACAAAAAUGUAGUAAGACUUAUUUCGUUGUAUUGCUGCAUUGUUUUCUGUGAUAGAGUGAAACAGCAAAAGGAAUACAUUAAAACAUACAAAACAUGA